AGAACAACGCCAAGGGGGUGAAUACUUUUGCAAGGCACUGUACAUGAACCAUUCACUCACACAUGACAGAGGGAGUUUGACAUUUUGCGAGACACCUGAUCUUCUUCGCGUCAUAGCGCGACAAAUGUUCUUUGCAGCAGCCCAUUGACGUCACCAAAACAUCCCCUAAAGCCGCGAAUAGAGAAACGAGCUGCUGGAGAGGUAAACAGAUUCCGCUGUCAUUCAUUCAAACAACGCUAGCUGAUAUGAUGGAUAUUCUUAGCUCCUCUGUGUGGAAAAUGUUGUGACAGGAUACAUCACCGCUAGUCAUACUCUGUCUUUCGAGAAUGUUCGUUGUUUACGGUCUCAGUUUUUCACAUGCCAGUAAUCCGGUUAGAAGAGAUGUAUUUUUAGAGCUGUCCACGGCUGCUAGACAACUAGCCUAGCUCGUUGCGCCGUAGGAGAUCGGCCGACCUUGACCAGAUGGACAUCACGAGGCUCGCUGUGGACGCGGGCGCGUUUAUCAACCGAGCUGUUCAGUAUACGGAGGAAGCUCUGGGACAGGCUGAGAAGACAGAGUUGGACAGCCGGUUGGUGAGUCUCCUGGACAGAGCAGACUCCACUAAGACCUGGACUGACAAAAUCAUCUCACAGACUGAGACUUUAUUGCAGCCUAACCCUGGAGCUCGUUUAGAGGACUUGUUGUAUAAGGGUCUGGAUUGGAGCGCCCCUGAGAGGCCAACCCCCCACGAGCUGCUGAGUGAAAACAUGAUGGACGCUGCUCUGGAACUGGGGAGACACACACCCUACGGUAGUACUCUGAUUAAGUGUGGGGAGUUGGAGAGGCAGAUCGGGGUGGCAAACAAGAAGCUGAUCCAGAGUACAGACAUCAACUUCCUGUCUCCUCUACGGAGGUUUACUGACCAGGAAUACACCGUCAUACAGAAUGAGCGCAGACAGCUGGUGAAUAAGCGGUUAGAUCUGGACAUUGCGAAGGCCAGACUGAGAAAGGCACAGGAAGCAGACAGCGAGGCCCGGGGUCUAAAUGCUAACCCAUUAGGAGAGGAGUAUGUAGCUCAUGUCUCCUACAUGUUCAGCUUCCUACGAGUCAGAUGGCUGAAGAUGUGGGCCCAGGAAGUCUCUCAGGCAGAGAUGGAGCUGAGGAUCUCUCAGUGUGUGUUUGACCGACAGUCAGAGAUCACCAGACUACUGCUGGAGGGAAUCAACACUACACAUGCUGCCCAUUUGAGAAGCCUGUCUGACUUUGUAGAAGCCCAGGGUAGCUACUACGCUCAGUGUUACCAGCUCACACAGGACCUACACACCCAACUGGCCUGCACUCCCCCUCUGAUCUGCUACAAUAACAACGGGCACUUAGAAACUAACCAACCCUCAACAGGUAACCUGCCCUUAGCAACUAUUCAGCCCCUAGCAACCAGUGACUCUGCAACAACCAACCAGGCAACUAGCCAACCCCUAUCAACCAACCAGGCAAACAGCCAACCCUUAGCAACCAACCAGACAGCAAAUGAGUCCUCAAAAACCAACAAGUCCUCGACAACCAAUAAGUCCUUGACAAACAACCAGACAAGCAGACAACUCUUAGCAACCACUGGAUCCUCUACAAGCAACCAGGCUUUGUCAAUCAUCCAGACAAACAGCCAAGCCCUACAAACCAACCAGGCAACCAGCCAACCCCUACAAACCAACCAGGCAACCAGCCAACCCCUACAAACCAACCAGGCAACCAGCCAACCCCUACAAACCAACCAGGCAAUCCGCCAACCCCUACAAACCAACCAGGCAACCAGCCAACCCCUACAAACCAACCAGGCAACCAGCCAACCUCUGCAAACCAACCAGGCAACCAGCCAACCCCGGCAAACCAACCAGGCAACCAGCCAACCUCUAGGAACCAACCAGGCAACCAGCCAACCUCUACAAACCAACCAGGAAACCAGACAACCCCUACAAACCAACCAGGCAACAAACCAACCUCUAGGAACCAACCAGGCAACCAGCCAACCUCUACAAACCAACCCGGCAACCAGCCAACCUCUAAGAACCAACCAGGCAACCAGCCAACCCCGACAAACCAACCAGGCAACCAGCCAACCCCUACAAACCAACCAGGCAACCAGCCAACCUCUAGGAACCAACCAGGCAACCAGCCUACCUCUACAAACCAACCAGGCAACCAGACAACCCCUACAAACCAACCCGGCAACCAGACAACCUCUAGGAACCAACCAGGCAACCAGCCAAUCCCUACAAACCAUCCAGGCAACCAAUGAGUCCCCUACAACCAAUGUGUUCUCAACAACUAAUGAGUCCUCGACCACCAACCAGGUAACUAACCAGCCCUCGACAUCCAAUCAGGUAACAAACCAAUCUCUAGCAACCUACCGGACAAACAGCCAGCCCUUAGCAACCAAUGAGUCGUCGACAAACAACGAGAAUUCGACAAACAACCGGGCAACCAGCCAGCCCUUGAAAACCAACCAGGCAACCAGACAGCCCCUACAAACCAACCAGGCAACCAAUGAGUCCCCAACAACCAAUGUAUCCUCAUCAACCAACCAGGCAACAAACCAACCCUUGAAAACCAACCAGGAACUUAUCGAACCCUUAGCAACCAAUGAGUCAUCAACCACCAACCAACCCAUACAAACCAACCCAGCAACCAGACAACCUCUAGGAACCAACCAGGCUACCAGCCAAUCCCUACAAACCAUCCAGGCAACCAAUGAGUCCCCAACAACCAAUGUGUUCUCAACAACUAAUGAGUCCUCGACCACCAACCAGGUAACUAACCAGCCCUCGACAUCCAAUCAGGUAACCAACCAAUCUCUAGCAACCUACCGGACAAUCAGCCAGCCCUUAGCAACCAAUGAGUCGUCGACAAACAACGAGAACUCGACAAACAACCGGGCAACCAGCCAGCCCUUGAAAACCAACCAGGCAACCAGACAACCCCUACAAACCAACCAGGCAACCAAUGAGUCCCCAACAACCAAUGUAUCCUCAUCAACCAACCAGGCAACAAACCAACCCUUGAAAACCAAACAGGAACUCAUCGAACCCUUAGCAACCAAUGAGUCAUCAACCACCAACCAACCCAUACAAACCAACCAGGCAACAGACAGCCCUUGACAAGCAACCAGGAAACUGGUGCACUUAUGUGGCUAUAUUGAAGCAACAUCUCAAGACAUCAGUCAGGAUGUUAAAGCUUGGUCGCAAAUGGGUCUUCCAAAUGGACAAUGACCCCAAGCAUACGUCCAAGGUUAUAGCAAAAUGGCUUAAGGACAACAAAGUCAAGGUGUUGGAGUGGCCAUCACAAAGCCCUGACCUCAAUCCUAUAAAAUUUGUGGGCAGAACUGAAAAAGCAUGUGCGAACAAGGAGGCCUACAAACCUGACUUAGUUACACCAUCUCUGUCAGGGGGAAUGGGCCAAAAUUCACCCAACUUAUUGUGGGAAGCUUGUGGAAGGCUACCUGAAAUGUUUGACCCAAGUUAAACCAUUUAAAGGCAAUGCUACCAAAUAUUAAUGUAAACUUCUGACCCACUGGAAAUCAUUUUUAAAAGCUGAAACUAAUCAGCUACUAUUAUUCUGACAUUUCACAUUCUUAAAAUAAAGUGGUGAUCCUAACUGACCUAAGACAGGGAUUUUUUACUAGGAUUAAAUGUCAGGAAUGGUGAAAAACUGAGUUUAAAAGUAUUUGGCUGUGUAUGUAAACUAAAUGUGUAUGUAAACUUCCGACUUCAACUGUAUCUAUUGGAGCAUCCAUGUACUCUUUAAGUGAGUUAUGUAUCCAGGCCUAAAUGUAUGUAUAUGGUGGUGAUCUAUGUGGAGGUUAUCUAGAUGUAUAUGCAUGUAGGUUACUGUAUAUGGUGGUGAUCUAUGUGGAGGUUAUCUAGAUGUAUAUGCAUGUAGGUUACUGUUUAUGGUGGUGAUCUAUGUGGAGGUUAUCUAGAUGUAUAUGCAUGUAGGUUACUGUAUAUGCUGGUAUAGAUCUAUAUGGUUGGUAUAUGUCUAUUUGGAGACUUAGAAAUGGAGUAACACUGACAGCAGUGUUUACAUUAUGCAUUGUGUCGUCUGAAAACAGUUUGUGUGAUCAAGAGAGAUGACAUUUUGUUGCAUAUGGAAUACGUGUGUGUGUGUGUGUGACCCUUCACCUCUAUAGGGUGAGGUCAUUUUCCAUACGGCAACAUGUCGCGCUUAUUCCAUAGUAUUAAACACACACACUUACAGCCUUGAAUAUAGUCCCACCAGGCUAAACCGUGUAAAUGUUUCCGUCUACAGAUGUUUUCAAUUGACCCUGCCUGAGAGGGCAGCUAUACGCACACACGCACACACGCACGACAGCUCCGCCUCAAUCUGCUGGUGCUGAGGUCUACGUGGUUACUCUGGGUUACUGGGACACAGAACACACACACAUUAACUAUUGAGGUUUGACUUCCAUGUCUCUGAACCUGUCAGAGUUGUUUCAGUGACAUUAUGUUUUAUUAUCAACUCUGACCAUAUUAGAUCAUCUGGAAUGAUUUAGAAUCAUAUUAAACUGAUAAUGAGG